UUGGUUUCUUUCGUGUUGACAUCCAGCGGGUUUAGGUGUUACACCCUGAUACUUCUCCUGAAACAAGCGAACUCAUUCAAGGUUUUUUAGCUGAAGGUCCCCUUUUGAACGUAUAAAGAUGUUUUUGACCAGAUCUGAAUAUGACAGAGGUGUGAACACUUUCUCUCCAGAGGGCAGAUUGUUCCAGGUUGAAUAUGCCAUAGAGGCAAUAAAAUUGGGCUCCACAGCCAUCGGCAUCCAGACAUCAGAAGGAGUUUGUCUGGCUGUGGAGAAGAGGAUUACUUCUCCAUUAAUGGAGCCUAACAGCAUUGAGAAGAUUGUGGAGAUCGACACUCACAUUGGUUGCGCUAUGAGCGGCUUGAUAGCUGAUGCUAAGACCCUGAUAGACAAAGCAAGAGUGGAAACACAGAACCACUGGUUUACUUACAACGAGACCAUGACCGUCGAAAGUGUGACUCAGGCUGUUUCCAACCUGGCGCUGCAGUUUGGAGAGGAGGACGCAGACCCGGGUGCGAUGAGUCGACCCUUUGGAGUUGCGCUGCUCUUUGGGGGAGUUGAUGAAAAAGGGCCACAACUCUACCACAUGGACCCGUCAGGAACCUUCGUGCAGUGUGACGCUCGGGCCAUCGGCUCUGCGUCAGAGGGAGCACAAAGCUCUCUGCAAGAGGUCUACCACAAGUCAAUGACAUUAAAAGACGCCAUCAAAUCAUCUCUCACCAUUCUGAAGCAAGUGAUGGAGGAGAAGCUCAACGCCACCAACAUUGAGCUGGCAACAGUAGAGCCUGGUAAAACUUUCCACAUGUACUCCAAAGAGGAGCUGGAGGAUGUAAUCAAAGACAUCUAGAGUGGAAAAGACUUGGUUUGAAGACUGGGCUGAAGAGAGGACGCGUUAGUGAACACGGGCCUGGUGUCAAAACGCAACCACAACUUUCCCACAACCUGCUGCAAUCACAAUUUUUUGGAGGUUUCUAUUUACAAAGUGGUAAUUUGCCUCUUGUCUCUCAGUGUGUGUGCAUCUCUGUUUAGGAGUGUAUAACUGAGUGGCAGGAAUAACGAUGGGGGGUGUCGGGGGACUUUUUUUGUUACGGAUCAGUACCACAAUUAAACUGUUAUAUUCAGAGAA